GCGCUGUGUAUGCACUGCGCAUAUAUAACGAUGAAUAUUUCAGAAAAAAUCUCCUUAUAUGAAACGUCUGCUGAUAGAAGCGUCUGGGAAUCAUUAUCCGAUAUUUAUUCUAUUAUCCGGACACUGGAGUUUCUUGAGAAGGCAUAUUUACGGGAUAUUAUUUCAUCUGAAGAAUAUACACCUACAUGUCUACGGUUAUUAGCACAAUACAAGACGAUUCUUAAGUCACCGUCAGUUGCUAAUGCAUUUGGAUCGCUAGAAACAUUCUGUGCAGCAUAUGAGAUUCCUUGCUUUCAUGCAAUAUAUCGCCUAAAUGUUGGUGUUCCAGUAACAAUAGAGCAUGUUACUAAGAGCCCGUCGCUUCCAGAAUCAGGGAUAUCAGCUAAACAAGUUGCAGAAGCGGUUCAGAAUUUUAUAACAUUUAUGGAUGCUUUACGAUUAAAAUAUACAGCAAAGGAUCAAUUACAUCCUCUUUUAUCAGAGCUUAUGGUAUCAUUGAAUGCAGUGACACAUGAAAUGUUUGAAGGGCGUGGAACAAUUGUGCAUUGGUUGAUUUUGCUUAAUAAUAUGUCAGCUUCAGAAGAAAUCACAGAGCAACAAAGCCGACAAAUGCUUUUUGAUGUAGAAGGGGUAUAUAAUGAAUUCUAUAAAAGUCUUUCUGUGUAAAAAAAGAACGUAAAUGCGAAUUCCAGAUCAAAUGGUUUUUAUUGAU